AUGGCUUCUCUCAAGUUUGUUCGCUCGGUAUGGGAGUCCUUCCGAGCUACCUCGGGUCUGGAGCCUCGGCUCUUGAACAAUCUCCGUAUCACAGCCGCCAGGCCUGGCGUGGUCAACUUUGAGUUGGACAUUGAGAAGCAACACACCAACCGCCUGAACAUCCUCCACGGAGGCACCAUUGCCAGCAUGGUGGAUCUCGGAGGCUCAUUGGCUGUGGCAUCCCGUGGCUUGUUCUCAACAGGUGUAUCUACUGACUUGAAUGUCACAUACCUGAACUCUGGUGGCAGAGUCGGUGAUCGAAUUCUAGCUGAGGUGACAUGUGACAAGUUUGGCAAGACUCUUGCAUUCACAAAUAUCGAAUUCAAAAAUCCCAACGGACACGUCGUUGCCCGCGGGAGCCACACCAAAUACGUAACUCUGGCCUGGAAGGACCCCAACAACAUCGUUGAGGAAAUGAACAGGCUCAAGGACCUAUAA